UUAUAUAAUAAUACUUCCAAGAGAAAUUGCAAGCGAAACAGAAAUAUAAUUAAGUUAGAAUAAUAAAUUACGAUUGCUUGAACAAUUUUGAACCAUGAACUCUAAGUCAGCUGAAUCUGUCCAACACACAAACAAACAAAUUGCUACAAGCUCGAACCAUCAGCACCAAGACGCAAGAUCAGAACAGAGCUCAUAUGAAGGAAAUCAGCAUUAUUUGCCAGGAAAGUCAGUUUGUGUUGCGCCUUUACCAAAAAAUGUGUCGGUAGAGGAGUUGGUAAAUUAUCUUCGUCAAUUUGGAACAGUUAAAAGACAGCAGCUUUUUAAAAGACGGAACUCCAUUUGGAUUGAAUACAAUGAUAGCAAACUUGUUGAUAUUUUAAUGAGCAGGUCACACUGGCUAGCAAAUGAAAAAAUAUGUUUGAGAAGACUGAAGAAAAAUGGAGAAAAUUUCGGCGUUGACAAAGCGCAACAACAAAAAGACACUGUUCCGAAAGGAACUGAGAAUAAAAAUUUAGAAGAAGAGGAUCCAAUAAGUUACGACCGAAUAAAAAAUGUUUUCGAAAAUGUAGUGACAUUUGACAACCAAAUGGCAGCACUUUUAAAUGCAGUGCAACUUACUGAAUUUGAAUUGGCAACGAGAUAUAAUGUCAUUUGUACUCAUCUGGAUGAAAUAUUCAGAUCGAUGUUCCCACAAUGUAAAACGUAUAAAUUUGGCUCAACGGUGGCGCAGUUGAGUUUUAAAGAGAGUGAUUUAGAUAUCUACAUGUACGUCGGUCAAAUUGGUGUACCAUGGAUCUGUAACAGGCCAGAUACUCCGUCACAUAUAUGGACGCCAAUGAUUUUCAAGAGAGUAAGAAAAGUUAUGUACAGCAUGAAGUCUAUAUUUUCCAACAUAGUAUCAAUCCCUAAAGCGAAAACACCUAUUAUAAAGUUCCGUUAUAUGCCGACCAAUGUCUCCUGCGACAUUUCCUUCAAGAACGGCCUAGGCAUCUAUAAAAGUAACUUCUUAAGAUAUUGCGCGUCACGCGAUCCACGAUUAAGACCGCUGAUGCUGCUCAUCAAAUACUGGGCGAGGCAUUUCAAGAUUUCGGGUAGCGGAAGAAUUUCCAGUUAUGGCUUGGUGUGUCUGAUUAUAUUUUACCUCCAGCAGGAAUCAGUUGGUCUUCUUCCGCCGUUGCUAGACCUUCAGAGAACUUGUGCUCCAGAAACCAUGAAUGGGUGGCAAGUAAAUUUUAACGAAGAUACCGUAUUACCUGCCAUUACCAACAGCAGUAAUAUUGCAGUACUACUUCACAAUUUCUUCUCCUUUUACGAAAAUUUCAAUUUCAAUUCGCGUGUAAUAUGUUUACUGGACGGAAAAGUAUAUUCAACAGCUGACUUCGCGCAAUUAGAUAAGUUACCCGAUUACAUGUAUAGAUAUAAAAGUUUCGUCACGGAUAAUAGUGCCAAGAAAUUAGAUAUUCAAAAGCCAGUAUGCCUGCAGGAUCCGAUCGAACUUAAUCAGAACACAGCCGCAAAUACGUCAGAUCGUGCAUUAAUGGCAUUUCAACUUUGUUGCAAGUUCAGCGCCGAUAUCUGCUUGACAGCUAGUGCAAAUAAUUACGAUUAUUUAUUGACCAUGUUAUUCAGCGCGAUACCUCCUCAAUUGAUGCAGGCGAAGAAAAAAAAGAAGAGGUUCAGAAAUGAAAUACGGGCUGGUCGUUUCAUCUUUGCUGGAUUACCGGAAGAUUUCGAGACACGUACGGAUAUUACUGAUAAGGAGCAGUACAAGAAAGAUAAUUGGUAUUUCGUCACUUUUAAUCUAAUAAGGGAUAUCUUUGAAAUGAUCUUUAAAUUGAAAGUCGAGAUGCUGCUCGAUCAAGAAACGAAGCAGCAGAAAAUUGAUAUAUUAUCCGACGUACAUACCAGAAAUCAUCAAAAAGUAACGUUUUACUGCACGGGACACAAAUGUGUGUGGUAUAAUAGAAAGAAAAAUAAUAGGACCCUUUUGGAUGUUCAAAUGAGUCUUCUGGAGAAAGAGGCGAUCAUGUCGGACAAGGUGGUGGAGCAAUUGACCGAGCAUGACAAGGCAAACAACGUAAGGCUAGAUUUUAUGUGUACGUUAGAAAAGGCGGACAAUCCUGUAGCGGUGGUCAUAGUGCUGAACGACGAGAACAGUCAAAAUCACAUCUUUCGAGAAUUCGAGUGCUUCGUAAAUAGCUGGAUACCAAAAAUAAUAAACAAAACGUUGCUACACAUGCUGCAGUUCAAAAAGACCUAUGAUCAGCUAUACUAUCAGCAGCUAAACCACCAACGGUAAUGACGAUGCUGAAAAUGUACAUCGUAUGCUUUCCGGCAUGGACCAAAAGUUAGCGUUUUAUUCCGCAUAAUAUCUCGUUAAUGUUACAUUAACCUUUGUUGUGCACACUGGGUCUUUUAGGCCCCAGCGUAUUUUCAAACGCGUUUUUCUAAUACGUACAAUGCGGAUCGGGACCUGUGCUGCCAUUUACCUGUAGUUUAGGGAUAACACUUCAAGAUCCUAUACAUAGUUUUGCCUGCCCGGCUUUAGUCUGCUCUUGGCAGUGGUGAGAAGUUGAAAAACGUGUGAUUUCAUAGCAAUAUAAAUAUACUUUUUUCAACUCCGCUAUAAACUAAUAUUUUUCCUUGAAAGUGUAGUAUUUCAAGAAAGUAA